UUGCGGCGGCGGUACCGCGACUUCCUCAGCACCUCGUACCGGCGGCAAGAGAUCUUCAUCCGCAGCACAGAUUAUGAUCGGACGUUGAUGAGUGCGGAGGCCAAUCUGGCCGGCCUGUAUCCCCCAGAGAAACAACAGAUGUUCAACCCUAACAUUUCCUGGCAGCCUAUCCCUGUACACACAGUGCCGGAGUCUGGGGAAAUGCUAUUGAAGUUUCCAUUGACCCCCUGUCCACGAUAUGAACAGCUACAGAAUGAAACACGGAACUCAGCAGAAUACAUAAAUAAGACCAGAGACAACUUGCAAUUCCUGCAGAUGGUGGCAAACGAGACUGGAAUCCGGGAUCUCUCUCUUGAAUCUGUUUGGAGUGUGUAUGACACACUGUUCUGUGAACAAGCACACAAAAUGGAUUUGCCAUCAUGGGUGACACCAGAUGUCAUGACUCAAAUGAAGCAGCUAAAAGACUUUGGUUUUGAAUUUCUGUUUGGGAUUCAUCAUCGGGUAGAAAAAGCUCGUUUGCAAGGCGGAGUCCUGCUGGAUCACAUUAGGAAAAACCUAACCAAAGCAGCAAAUGCCUCUGCCCACCAGCAACUGAAACUACUUGUCUAUUCAGCGCAUGACACCACACUUGUGGCACUGCAGAUGGCUCUAGAUGUCUACAACAAGAUUCAAGCACCAUACGCCUCAUGUCAUUUAUUUGAGCUGUACCAAGAGGAUGAUGGUAAUUUCUCUGUGGAGAUGUUUUUCCGGAAUGAGAGCGGAAAGGAACCUUUCCCACUGACAAUCCCUGGCUGUCAGCAAAUAUGUCCAUUGCAAAAAUUCUUGGAACUCACAGAUCCUGUUGUUCCUCAGGACUGGGAGCAAGAAUGUCAGGUAGCAAGCAGUAUGCGUGACACAGGACUGUUUGUGGGUCUGGCUGUGUGUGGAUCCAUUCUCCUUCUCCUUAUAAUCCUCCUCUUGACUGUACUCCUUCGCAUUCAGUCUCAGCCCCCUGGCUACCGGCACGUUUCCAAUGAGGGAGAAGAGCAGGCCUGACAGUUGCUUCAACUCCUUCCCAGGCAAUAGGAGGGAGCAGUGUUGCCCCUGAGGAUGAUUGGACAUCUUCAGUUACUGAGUAUUCUGCUUUGGCCACUGCUUCCCAGAAUGAAGCUGGACUGUGAUUUUUGGAUGCUUUCUAAUGUGAUGUCCCAGAGAGAGGAUUUACCUAAUCUAAUGGAAGUGGCACAUUUUAAUUCUGAGAAGCCACUCUACUGUGUGGUGCCCCAGCCCUCACACAACUUGUCUGGGAUUCCCACCAUGGCCAGUUGAAGCUCAUGAAUAAUUUUCCUCCUUUCAGUGAUUGUAAAAGUAACCACUCAUCAUGACUGUAGCAGAGGCACUUGUUUCUCCAGAAGGUGCCACAUCUAGGACAAUCAGGAAUUGCUUCUCUUUCCACACAACCUGCUUUGUGUGCUUUUCUCUCAAGCCCUUGGACUGAUGCUGGUGGGAAGGCUGGGCUUGGAGUAGAAGGCCCACAUCACCAUGUGCAGAGUUGGCAGCUGGUCACGCAGAGGAAGCUGCUGCAGAUGAUGGCAGAUAGUGACAAGUGGUUCCUGAGGCUGCUAAGUAAUUGUUACUAGUCAGUUCUUCCCCUCCUCACAUUGCAGCUCAAGAGAAAAGAACUGGCCUGGGAUCAGGACAAGACUGCAAACCUGGCAGUAGUUUUUUUGGUAUUUGGUUCAAAGUUAUAUAUGAUCCACAGAGCAAAGAGCUUCAGGAUUAGAAUAAAUGCCAGCUCCUGUAUUGGUUUUUUUGUUCUUGUUCAUUGUUUUGUUUUGUUUUUGUUUCCUGUAUUCCCUACUGGACAACCUUAUUCAGAGGAAAAAAAUAAAAUCAAAUUGUAAGGAUCAGACUUUGCAGGUAACUGUGGAUCCGUUCAUCUGCCACGUUUUGGCUUUCUGUCUGAAGUGUGAUCCUUUCUCCAGGCAAGCUGGAUGGAAGCUGUGGGACUCUCUGCAUGCUGCAGCUGCCAAGUGCUCACCACCUGCCUCACAGCUUCUGGCAGAAGAUGAGAGACUGCGGCAGGCACCAGCACAGGCUCUUCACAUGGUGAUGCUGCACAUUCACUUCCCAGUUUUAGUUCCUUUUCUGCUGCAGUUCCCUUUCCUUCUUGGUAGCAGAAGCGAGUGCUUAGGCUAAAGACAUUUCCUUUUCUUCCUCUGUGGAGUACCGUGGGGACUUUUCCCCACACCAUAAUUGACAUAUGCCAGCAUGGGAACUCUGAAUCAGCAGAAGCAGCUUGCUGUUCUCAGCAUCUUCUUCACCUUUUUGUCCUCUGAAGAUGUAAUCUAGGUUUGCUGCACAGCGAGGCAGUCAUAAAGCAAAAGCCUGUGUGAACAGGCACAAAAAAAGAGGUAAUAGAAAGUGCAUUUAAGGGACCAGACCUGUUAUUUUUAAAGGCAGCAAAUUUUGCACAUGCAGAAGAAAGGUUUCCAUGAUGAUAAUGACUGUGAAUGACUUUCUGUAAUUGUUCCAGUACAUUUCCUUUUUAUCAUUAAAAUCAAAUUCACACUGA